CUAUUCAACAGUCAGUUGACCAGGAACAGGAAGAGAUGGGGAAGGUCACAAGGAUGGAGCAACUGUUGGCCAAUGACCUGUCAAUCAUCCUGACACGUCACGAGAACCUGACCAAUCAGAUGAGCCAGCAGUUGAUGAACCAGGAGGCAAUGAUGAAGAAGCUGUCAGACAUCCUGACGUCCCAGGAGAACAUCACCGGUGGGUGGAGCCAGCUGAUGGAAAAGAUGUCAGCCAUCGGUGGUGGGAGCGAUGAGGAGCAUAUUAAAAAGCUGUCCUCCUCAAUCGUACGUGAGGUCAUGCAACAGUUCAUUGCCAGGAGGAAGCACAUGUGGUUUGGUUAAGAAUCAAGUCAUUUGGAGAGAAUAUGUUUUAAUUCACAUUUCAAUUUCUUGUCAUA